CCACCUCUCUCUCGCCACAGUUGCAUCGCGAGCUUUUCGCGUUGAGUCGCAUUCGGGUUAACACGUUAGUGAGAUUUAGACGGUGAUUCGAAUAACUUAAUUGCGAUCGAAGAUGAUCAUCUUUUUAUUAUAGUCCGUAUUACGGUUUGUAAUAAACCGAUGAAAACGCAAAUUUGAAAAUGUUGUGUCUUUAAACGUAUUUUUCGAGGGUCUAAGCUUAAAUUAGGCUUAACUUUGCUUUUGUCAAAGUUUUUUCCGAUACGUAGCAAAAUAUCGAAUCGUCAAAUAUCAAGUUUCGAUUAUCAGUGCGAAAUUAAUGAUUGAUGACUGAAUACGAUACUUAAUCGCAAUACUAUAUAUCCGAGGAAUUUUUCAAAAUUGAAAAAAUUUAUUAUUUCAUAUUGUGUGACCGCAUCGGAUGAUAUCUUCCAAAUUUUUUACCUUACAUUUAGAUAUGACUGUUUUGCGGAAGUAUCUACUCUCAUGUUUAAUACGAUAGUAUUGUACAAUAAUACAAUAGUGACUAAAUUAUGGACGAUUAUUAAUAGUGUUAAGUCUUCUCCAAAUUAAAAUAUCUCAUAUAUUUCAUAUAUUUUUUGUAUAUAUAUUAUCAUGAAAUAGUUUGACUAAUAUUUCCUCUUUGAUUUAAAAUGCGUCAUUUUUCUAGUUAUUUUUUGUAUUCAUAAUUAUAAUAAUUGCGGUAUCGUAUGCGUAAUAAAUGGUAAGACAUGAAUGAAAAUAUUUUGAUGGUACACAUAGACACAUAGGUAAAUACGUGAAAAUACAAUUUCUGUCACAAUGAAAUAUAUAAAAAUGUUAUUUGAUUUGAAAAUCUUUUCGAAAAAGCAAUAAUACAAUUGCAGUUAUACUCUUUAUGUAUAUAUAAAUAUGUAUACGUAAAUAUAAAAGGACAAAAAAGAUGAUGCAGAAGAAGAGGAAUGGAGAAUCCAGCGAGGGUUCCGGGUACUUGAAACGUGCAAAUACUGAACGCCUCCAUGAAAUUUUUAACCAGUACGCUUCACAAGAGAAGAAUGGCGAGAGGUUCAUGACUGCGUCUGACUUUGUACGCAGUUAUCUUGGUCUUUACACAGAUGCCGAUUACAAUCCCGAUUCUGUCAAUUUACUUGCUGGUAUCGUUGACACCAGCAAAGAUGGGCUCAUAUCAUUUGCCGAAUUUCAAGCAUUCGAAGGUCUUCUCUGUGUACCAGAUGCUUUAUACAAAACAGCUUUUCAACUCUUUGAUACUAAUGGAAACGGAAUGGUUGCAUUUGAUGAGUUCGUUGAGGUGAUGCGGAAAACUGUAUUGCAUCAAAAGAUGCCUUUUAAUAUGGAUAGUAGUUUUGUCAAACUCUACUUUGGAAAGGAUAAGAAAAGAUUGAUCAGCUACGCAGAGUUUAGUCAGUUUUUGCAUGAUUUCCAUGAGGAAUAUGCAAUGGAAGCUUUUAAGAAAUUUGAUAAAAAUGGCGCAGGUUUCAUUUCAGCGUUAGAUUUUCAAGACAUCAUGCUCAGUAUUAAAAGUCAUUUACUCACGAAAGACGUGAGGGAUAAUCUAAUUGCUGCAGUUAAUGCUGGUCAAAGCGGGCGAAAAGUUAGUUUUCCAUACUUUAUGGCAUUCAAUUCUCUUCUAAACAAUAUGGAACUUAUCAAACGUAUUUAUUUAAAUGCAACCAACGGCCACAGAUACCAGGAAGUUACCAAAGAGGAAUUUCUUUAUUCUGCACAAAUGAUGUCCCAGAUAACUCCGUUGGAAGUAGAUAUCUUGUUUCAUCUUUGCGAUUUACUUCAUCAAACUGGACCUACGGAAGAUGACGAGGCAGAUUCGCGGCUUGGGAAAAUUAUAUACAAUGAUCUUGUGGCUAUCACACCUGAACAGUAUUUCAAGCAGAUUACGAAGCGCGUUGCCGAGAUCAAAGCAGUAUCGAGUCCAGAUGAACGUGGUAUCAUUGUACAAAUGCUCGAAAGUGGAUAUCGAUUCGUGCUUGGUUCUAUUGGUGGAGCUGUUGGUGCUACAACUGUAUAUCCUAUCGACUUGGUGAAAACUAGGAUGCAAAAUCAAAGGGCUGGAUCUUUUAUAGGCGAACUGAUGUACAGAAAUAGCUUUGACUGUUUUAAAAAGGUGAUCCGACAUGAAGGCUUCUUCGGUCUUUACCGAGGUUUGAUGCCUCAAUUAAUGGGAGUAGCUCCGGAAAAGGCUAUCAAACUUACAGUUAACGACUUUGUCAGAGAUAAAUUUAUGGAUAAAAAUGGAAAUUUACCACUUUAUGGAGAAAUAAUAUCUGGUGGCUGCGCUGGAGCAUCUCAGGUCAUAUUCACAAAUCCUUUGGAAAUAGUCAAAAUUCGAUUACAAGUUGCUGGCGAGAUCGCGGGAGGAUCCAAAGUUAAAGCAUGGACUGUCGUCAAGGAAUUAGGCCUUUUUGGAUUGUACAAAGGUGCAAGAGCUUGUUUUUUGCGAGACAUACCAUUUAGCGCAAUUUACUUUCCUAUGUAUGCUAAUACGAAAGUGCGAUUGGCUGACGAAGGAGGCUAUAAUACGCCAUUGUCACUUCUCGCUUCCGGCGCGAUUGCCGGCGUACCUGCGGCAGCGCUGGUCACUCCCGCGGACGUAAUAAAAACGAGAUUACAGGUUAUAGCUAGAGAAGGCCAAACCACAUACACUGGACUAUUAGAUUGCGCGAGGAAAAUUUACAAAGAAGAAGGUGCCAGGGCAUUCUGGAAGGGUGCGACAGUAACAUAUUUUGCUUUGGUCGAUUGCACGCGCGGGGGAUCGACCCUGCUACAUCUUUCAACCUUAUUUCCUCCCUCAUAUGAUCCGGCGAUUUACUUAUCACUCGAGUGUUCAGAUCGUCACCUCAAUUUGGUGUCACUCUCUUCACAUAUGAAUUACUGCAAAGAUUGUUUGUUGUUGAUUUUGGAGGAUCUCGACCUACCGGGUCAGAACAAAAGGUGCCUACGAUGGGAGUUGCAGAGGAAAUUCGAUCAACAAACCCGGAUCAUAUAGGUGGCUAUCAAGUAGCUCUGCCCAUCUUCACGGGUAUAGAAACCAAAUUUGGUCUUUGCCUACCCAGAUUUCAGGUUAUUACUGAAAAGUAACCAACAAUAUUGUUAGCGUAAGAAAAUAAGGUUGUAGCAAUCUCUGCCAUAAAUAAUCUACGAGAAUCGGGCGUUGAUUGUUUAGCUAUUUGUGAAGCGGAUGUGAUGCGCGUGAGCUUCACGAACUACAAAUUUCGCGUUCCAUCUUCUCAACGAUCAUCUCGGCCAUUUUGGUACUCUGCAGACUAUAUGAAAUUGACGUAAGGAGAAAGGAUCAUCGAUUGAUACUAAUUGAUAUGUAUAUGUGACAUGUACAUACAUUGUAUAGGAUCACAAAGCGCAAUCAUAGAUUGAUCGAGAAGUACAAAAUCCGUCGUUGCGGAAUGCCCAAGAAUAUUCGUGAUAGCUAAGUCGAUGCAGUCAAUUGACAUAGGAACAACACUGAUGGCAUUAAAAUUAUUUAUUUUGAUACUAUAUAAAUGUGUUAUAUCAAAUUGAAAUGCCAUCUGUAUGUAAUUGUUUUCCAGACAGACAGACAGACAAAGAGAGAGAGAGA